AGCGCUGCGCCCUUCCUCCCAUCUGCCAUCUUACCUCGCAUCUUCAUAGACAAGAUCAGAUACCCUUGCUGCCCCGUCGCUCGCAUCUUCUCAUCACCGUCGAAAUGGGCAACUCACAGAGCUCUUCUAGCCUCAAUGAGCCGGCAGUCGAGAAGCUCCUCGUCCAACAGCUCCAAUCACUACGCACACGCGAUAAGCUCUCGCAGGUCGAAGCCGACCACGACUACAUCCAAGUGGACGCCGAGAAAGGCAUCCCGCACUCAUACUCUACCGAUCCCUCUCUAGACAUCAAGACCGCCUCGGAAUGGGAGAGAGAACUCCUCUCCUCGGCGAAGAACCGCCUCGCGUUGAACGCCCUGCUCUCGAACGACAUCCGCUCCGUCAUCAGCAACAAAGUCGCCACUCUUCCCGACACGCAGACAUUCAACGUCAAGAUCCCGUUUGAAGGGUCGCCCGUGACCAACCAGCGCUCCUCGGGACGAUGUUGGCUGUUCGCAACGACAAACGUGUUGCGCGUGCCGAUCAUGAAGAAGCACAACCUGAAAGAGUUUGAGUUGAGCCAGUCGUAUUUGUUCUUCUGGGAUAAGAUGGAGAAGGCGAACUGGUUCCUGGAACAGAUGAUUGACACGGCCGCCACGGACUUGGGAGACAGGGAGGUGCAGGAGUUGUUGGGGGCUCCCGUCAAUGAUGGUGGGCAGUGGGAUAUGGCCAGUAAUCUGGUGGAGAAAUACGGUCUGGUUCCGCAGAAGUUGUACCCCGACAGCUACAACGCCAUGAAUUCGUCGGCCAUGGGAUCGAUCCUGACCACCAAACUGCGAGAAGACGGCCUUGCCCUCCGCGCUCUUGUUCACAACGGUGUCUCGUCCAAUACCAGGUCAUCCGCGCUGGUGCUGGCAAAGGCAAAGAUGAUGCGUGAAAUCCACUGCAUUCUCACGCUCAUGCUGGGCCCACCGCCCAAACCAGAUGAGAAAUUCACGUGGGAGUUCUACGACAAGGACGAAAAGUACCACAAGAUGGCGAUGACGCCGCUCGAACUCGCCAAGUCCCUCUCCACGCCGAGCGUGGUCAGGAGCUUGGGCGGCGCCGACGUCUCCCGCAUGUUCAGCCUGGUGAACGAUCCCCGGAACAAGUACAUGUCCCUCCUGACCGUCUCACGCCUGGGCAACGUCGUGGGCGGACGGCCCAUCACCUACGUCAACGUGGACAUGGCCACGAUGAAGCGAGCGGCGGUCGCCAUGCUUCGCGCCGGCCUGCCCGUCUUCUUCGGCAGCGACGUGGGCAAAUUUUCCAACUCCCAGAGCGGCAUCAUGGACCCGGAACUGUACGACUACGGCCUGGCAUUCAACAUCUCGCUCAACCUGUCCAAGUCUCAGCGCCUCAAGGUGCGAGAAUCCGCCAUGACGCACGCCAUGGUUUUGACCGGCGUCCAAAUGGAAGACGACGCCAAGGGCCGCGAGAAGAGCGUGCGAUGGCGCGUGAUGAACUCCUGGGGCGAAAGCGCAGGCGAGAAAGGCUACUUUGUCAUGACUGAUAAAUGGAUGGACGAGUUUGUGUAUCAGGUCGUGGUGGAUCCCGGAUUUGUGGCCAAGGAGGUUCGCGACGUGUUGAAAGGAGAGCCGACCGUGCUGCCAUUGUGGGAUCCGAUGGGGGCGUUGGCGUGAAGAUGGGGCGUAUAAGGAGAACCAAUGGAUGGACGGUAUAGAGAGAUUAUAUGAAUAGCGCCCUCCCGACGAUAGAUGUGACAUGUGUGUGAAUGAUUACCUAGGUAGAACAAGCGUGUCCACGUGUUUUGUGUGGUCGAGUCACUGGUUCUAGCAUUAUGCCGAAUGAAGCCAAGGGAGAACACAACCAUUUCAGAUUGGUGUCGAGGAGCUAUCUGAUCAAGGCCGAUGCAUUUGAGA